AUGGUCGGAGUUGGACGAAAUUGGGAGCAGAGUGAAAGUUCAGGGCAAUGUUCAUGGUCAGCAAUAAGGCCACAAAAAGCAAUAAGGACAGAAUCGAUUCAUCUGGUGGAAAAAAAUGAAGUUGGGAAUGGCGAGAGGGGAAGUCUAUCUAAGGGUCUCAACAAUACUGGUUUUGUCAUUACAGUAGCACAUAGAAUUCCAACAGUGAUUGAUACUGAUUUAGUUUUGGUCCUUGAUGAAGGGACAAUUGCAGAGUAUGAUGACCCUGCUAAAUUGCUGUAG